CUUCCGCCAGUUUGGCGCAUUUGUUACGGCCAACCAUACCAGCAACGCUGUAUCCUGUUUUAGAAAGGAAUACUUUUAUCUGCAAUGGCUAAUAAUUCUCCUUUCCGCGGAGAUGAUGUAGCUCGGCAAGAACAUAAUGGCUUUGGACCACUUUCCGAGCUUCGUGGAAAUACCGCUACGAUCACAUCAGCCAUCGUGGUUGUGAUAAGUAGCGCGACGCUUUUGUUAGCAGUGACGUGGAACGAAAUGAGGGAAGGGAUUCGUUUCCUGGUGUUUACAGUAGCUUUUCUUACCUUAAGUGUCGUUCUUGGAGAAAUAGUACGAAGAUUGUGCUUGGUGUCUGAAGAAAUUAAACAUAAACACGCGAGAUAUCGAGGAGACUGGAAGGCUGUUCUCAAGACAACUUUCACUUUCGGCAAUGUCGAGUGUAUUUUAGGUGUCGCUACCGUGUCCACUCUGAUGCUGUGUUAUCAGUUGUAUGCUUAUCGCGAGGUUUUCUUUCGUCCAGAUUUUGCCAUCUUGUUUUUGUUGAAUUGUCUCGUGGUUCCGCAAUUAUCGUUCCUAGUGGGUCUACGACAGCUCUCUCCUGUAGAAACAUCGGAUUUGAACGAAAAAGAAAACAAGAAUGUGGCUGAUGGGCUGGCUUGGAGCUACUACUUUGGUUAUCUGAGGCUGGUGCUGCCAAGACUGGAACUACGGAUAUCAGAAUCGGAGUACUUUCGUCAUAAAAUAACAGACAGGAAGCUUUUCAUCCUACUGCCAAAAACGUGCUUCACUUGUGAUGACAUUGAACAGGCUGAUUCAAGGGUGAAAUGGGUCGGCAAUCUCCCAGAGAGUAAAAUUAACAGGGGAGGAAUUAAGGAGAGAAGUUACAAACAUGCAGUACACGAAAUAGUGAUGCCCUUCCCAGACGGGACGGAGGAAAAGUACCACUUUAUCGUGGAGUAUGCCACGCCUCUAAUGUCCUUGUAUGAUAUGUCUAGGUUUACAGACGCACAAUUAACCGGUUCAGAGCGGGAUCAUCAGGUGGUGUUGUUCAUCCGAAAACUGACAGAAAUUCUGGGGAAGAGUGAAGAAUGUAAAGGAAGGUAUGAAUUGAUUCCAUUUUCUGGAGAUGAAGACAAAAACAAGAUUGCAGACAUCCUGGUUGCUUUGCAUAAUAAUGCCAACAUAAUGGUGGAUGAAGAAGCUGAAGUUAGCAUACCAACACAGUGACUAUUGUGAACAAAACUAUGUUUAUUUACCUUUAUAAAGUAAAGAAGUUCUCUUGUUUUUUAAAAUUUAUGCAUUUCACUUGUACUCAAGCACAUUAUUAAUUCGUGCUGAGAAAAUUAGUUCUAAAGCCUGCAUCUUAUAAGUCGUGACUGAUAAAUGGUUUGUUUAAAAACAGACCAGCCUAAUAAAGUGGACUAAUUUCCACAACAACUAAGUAGACAUAUAUCUUGUGACAUAUUGCUCAUGGUGAAUAACUUGCUUUCAUAUAAUGUUUGAUUAGUUUGUUGCUUUUGCUUUUAAUUUUUUGUUAGAGUGCCAAACUAUUGUGCGGGAGGUUGAGGGUUCAAGCCCCCGCCCGA